UCGUCGAACUUCGCUGCGAACGGUCGUAUCCAAAUUCACUCUUUGUAUCUACACUCUUUUUUUCCGCUCGCGUGAAAGUCGUAAAGUUCAGCUCUCCGCUGCUAGUGAAAAAUAAAACACAAAAGUUUGCCAGCGGUAGAAAACCAAUUGAAACUGCAAUUGCAAUGCCUAAAAUGCGUACGUGAAUUUCGCGCAGUGCCUGUGUGAAAGUUCAAGUGAAAGCUGAAAGCAGAGAAACAAAGCGAGAAUACUUGCAAACAAACGAAAAAGCAAAGAAAAAGUUUAAAUAAAGUCUUCAAAAAGCACAAUCAUGGCCAUUCUAUGUCCGCCGAUGGGUUUGACCCUUCAACACGCCCCCGCCCCCCCGGCGCCACGCCCACCGCCCAGCGCCCUGGAAACGAAACGAAUCUGCCGCAAUCUAUUUGGUUCGGUUCCCGGGGACCCGAAAAUCGAUCAGCUGUUGGCCCAGGAGCAGAGCUCCAAGAGAUUGUACGUGAAGGAGCGCUACGGAGUGGAUAUUCUGCUGGAGGAUCGACGAGGACAAAAUUCGGACGCGGAUUCGGAUGCGGAUGCGGAUAGCCAAGCGCCCAGGGGAAUGCGAUACCCCAUCAUGCGGGCGAUACCAAGUAGCGAUGCCGAUGAUGAGUACAAUCCCAAGUCAGUCAGUCGUCAAGUGCCCAGGGGCGUGGCCCUUACCGCCCCCCAGAUCUCCGCCAGCGCCCAGCUGAUCCUCCAGAAUCGCACACUCAACAACAGCAACAAAAGCGACAGCAGUGCGGAUCUGGCCAACAGCACGAGACAUGGCCAAAAGCCAUAUGCGGCGCAGCCACAAGGCCUCAAAGGCAUGUACCGCGUUCGCAAGGCCAACAAGGGGAUUCCAAAAGCCAACAUCAAGAAUAGUUACAGCAGCAACAACAACAACAAUGUGGAUAAUGGUACUAGCGAAUUGAGAGAUAAGGAGCAGUAACUUUCAAAGGAGGAUGAUGGCGAAUGACGAUGGCGAAUGACGAAUGGCCCCUGGUGGAGCAACAAUUGCAAUAUAUGAUAUUUAUUGUAAAAGUAAUUUUAAUUUCUAAAGUAAUUUGUUUAUUUUUUUGUGUACCCCCGCCAUACGCUGAAACUUAUGUGUAUGGAUUGUACGUUUGUUUUAAACCAAGACUUGAAGGUCCCAAAAUGUUGUUGCAUGAAAGGCGAUGAAGCGUAAAGCCAACCAGAAACAACAACAAAAAUGAAAACCAGAAAAGAUCGGCGCGCGUGCAUGGCCAAAAACAGGCAAAAAUUAAUAAUAAUAAUAAUAAUAUGUAUAUCCGGAUGCAUGGCGAAAUCGAAAUCGAUAUAAUUAUGGAAAUUAUUAAGUUAUAGAUAUGUCUAUGUUAAAUAUUUAUGUGUAAAAAUUUAAAACUAAUUGUACAUUGGCAAUACGUAAAUUGUAGCGAAAAUGCGAAAGACUUUAAAUGUUAGCCGCAGAAUCAUCAUCUGAUUUACGGAGUAGAUUAAAUUGUAAUUAGGCAAUGCUAAUUUUAGACAAGCGAUCGGCGGCGCCAUGCAUCCAUUAUAUAGACUCUUACCCCCAAUCCAAACAAAUUCAAGCGUUCUCAGCGUGUUUUCGGGUCCUGAUGCACGCGUGUGCCAAAAGUAUUUACAAUUUACUUUGUGUCAUGAUCUCAAUCAUUAAAAACAAUUUUAUUAUUUUGUUUAUCUAAAUGUAAUUAUAAUUGAAAUUAUUUAAAAAUUCUUCUUAGCCCACAAACAAACUCACACACUCACUCAUUCACACCCCCUACACACACACACACCCACACUCUGUACUCAUAUUUAUUGUAUGUACAUUAUCGAUGUGACAUUUUAAAUUGUAUGUACUGUCUAUGUAUAAUAUUUCGUAUCUAUGGCAAAAUUAUUUCCCCUCCUAAAGACCCCUUUUGAAAAUCUAUUUUGAACAACCAAACUGUGUAUAUUGUAUGGAGUAGUACCAAACUCCAAGCAGCUAAAUGAGAAAAACCAGCAAAACAACAACAAAUACUGUGUAUAUUUCCCUAAAAACUUUGUAAAACUUAUGCAAACAAGCUGAAAAAAAAAUUUUUUACUGUACCCCUAAAGCGAAGAGGGCAUCAGAAAAAAACAAAA